UCUUAACUGUGUUAGUCCUGUCUGUGAGGUUUCUGCUGUCGCUAUUUUGACUUCACAACGCUUUCAUCCAAGACCUCUCUAAAAUAACAUCAUCGUGAGGUGUGUCAAAGAAGCGAUAAAAACAGUAGGAGAAGUGCCUGAUUGCAUGACAACUUCUACACAUUGUGAUAAGACAAUAUCAUCAGAGCCUAACAAGGAUUACCAAGGGAUAGACAGGAGGUACUGAGACAGAUUGAAGGUGCCUUGAAUGUAUAAGAUGAUCAUGAAGUCAUUAGUACCCACUGUGGUGGUCCUGAUCACACUAGUAGUGUCCAGGAUGCAGGCAUUUGUGUCAGUCGGGGGUAACGGAAACACUCAUGUGACUAUUACUGGUUCUGCUGUGAUGGCAAAGAUCCGCGAGGUGUGUGAAGCAGUGGCAGAAUCAGAAGGAAGAGAAUUUAAUCCAACGGGCUCAUCGCCUGAAGAGCUGCUGCGCGCGUGUCUGGGCACGGCCACAGGUGAGGUUUCGGGUGCCAAGUUCCGUACGGCACUGAAUCAGAUCUACAUGCAGAAUGGAUUUGUGGACCGUGAUUUCAUGGACAGUGCACCACACCACUUCAAUAAUGAGGCCUUCGCUGAGGGGCGCAACCUCAUCAUUCAGGGAAUUGCAGCCAUAAAAGCAAAUGUCCGAACUGACAACCUUAUAUCUGCCAGAGAAACACUAGGGCGAGUGUGUCACACACUACAGGAUUUUUACAGCCACAGUAACUGGGUUGAAUUAGGGAACAAAAGUCCAUAUGUCAACCUCAUCAGACCGGACCUCAACAUUGAGAACAUUGCAGACGUUGCAAUGCCAACAUGCAGUGACUGUGCCAGUGGUACAUGUCCAAACCAGCUGUUGUCUGCUAUUCUGAAUGGGAAGUACCUCACUUCAGGAUACAUGGGCUUAUUCUCCUCUUACAAACCUCAAGGUAAAUGUAGCCAUGGUGGGGAGACUGAUCUCAGCAGUACCCAGAAUCCUCGAGGUGGGAUCAGUAAAGAUGAACGCCUUUCCCAUAAUGCUGUUCUACACAAUAAUGCUGUAAAUCUGGCAUCUGAAGCCACCCUGGAACUGCUGGAGGACAUACGUGGAGCUGUAGGGAACAAGGACUACCUUCGGCUGAUGGGAAUUGCUCGAUCUGCAGUGCUGGCUUUUGUGAUUGACACCACAGGCAGUAUGUCGAACGACAUUGCAGAAGCCAAGAGAGUCGCCUUCAACAUAAUUGACAGUAAAAAAGGAACUCAAGAUGAACCAUCUGAAUAUAUUCUGGUGCCGUUUAACGAUCCAGGUUUUGGACCACUAAUAAGAACCACAGACCCAGAUAUAAUGAAGUCAGAGAUCUCCAAACUCAAUGCUGAGGGUGGAGAAGACAUCCCAGAAAUGUGCCUGUCAGGACUUCAGUUGGCUCUGACAGGCGCUCCCUCCUCCUCGCAUAUAUAUGUGUUCACCGACGCUCCACCAAAGGAUACAUACCUGGAGAAAACCAUUACCGCCCUCAUCCGCAGCACCAAGUCUACACUGAACUUCUUCAUUACGACAUCAAGCAGGAGGAGAAGGGCAUUGAAGGCAGGGCCAGCUUUUAAGGUUUAUUUUGACGUGGCCUUGGCCUCUGGAGGUCAAGCCAUUGAGGUCCCCAAGUCCAGCCUCUCUCAAGCCACUGAUAUCAUUGUUGAUACCUCCACUUCAGCCCUGGUGACAAUUCUUCAGCGCUCCAGGGAUCCAGGACGUGUGGAGAGUUUCUCCUUCCUACUGGAUCAUUCUGUGUCCAACACUACUAUCUACAUCACAGGAAGUGGCCUCACAUUCAACCUACGCAGCCCGACUGGUGUCUCUCAAUCUAACUCUGUUUCCAACGGACCUCUGGGAACAAUUCAGAAAGUAGGUAACCUGCAACGGAUCCAAUUAAACGAAACUGAGCUGGGCUUGUGGCACAUUGACAUGAUGACAACUCAAUCCUACACCAUAAAAGUGACUGGUCAGAGUGCGAUUUCAUUCAUCUAUGACUUUGUGGAGGAAUUCAAAGGACCUCAUCCUGGAUAUGCUGUCAUUGAUGGGCGGCCAUCAGCAGGUUUACCGGCUAAGCUGCUACUAACACUGACUGGAGAGAAAGGUCCAGAGGUUCUAGAGGUGCACGAGGUCGCUCUCAUGGAGGUGUCUGGGGUCAAAGGGUCUAAUGGAACCAUAGAGAAAAUGGGUGGUGGAGAUUUCCUAGUUACUGUGAAAGAAGUGCCAGAAGGAGAGUUUGUGGUUUUGCUAAAAGGAAAAGACAAGACCUUCUCCAGCCUGUUCCAGAGGCAGACCACCACACAGAUGUCUCAGUCCAAAGUCACUGUUAAGGCAAUAGCAGACAGCUCCAUGCUACCAGGACAAGUAUUUAAACUAAAUUUUACUGUUACAACCAAUGGAUCAGGCGGUACCUACACAAUUCGUGCAAGGAAUGACAAAACCAUGCCUAUGACACAUCCAUUAACGCUCAGUCUGCAGAGUGGCGGCAGUGCUCAAGGGACGGUGUCUCUCACUCCUCCUGCUGAAACGGUCUCAGGCACAGACGUUACGCUAACCAUCGAGGCAGAGGGACCUGGAGGAAGUGAUUCUAACUAUGCUGUCAUUCGCCUUUCUGUUCUCUCCAAGGUGACUGAUUUGACGCCUCCAAAAUGUGAAAUUGUAGAUGUACAGGGUACUUGCUACGCCUCCUCUUGCAGCUCAUCGAACUGGGAACUGUCUGUCAACAUCACAGACAGUAACGGCACAGGAAUCGAGAGCAUUUCCAUCCAGCAAGGCAGUGGAAAUUUAACCCAGAAGGAAGAGGGAGACACUGUGAUGGGUCUAUAUGAGGCCUCCUGUUGUUCAACUUCUGUGACUUUGUCUGCAGUUGACAAAGUUGGGAACGUGGGCAGGUGCAGUUACACCAUAAAGUCUAGCGCAGGCUCUCGCCUCAUCACCAUGUCCCUCCCUCUGUGGACAUCUCUGCUUUUAUACGUUUUUCUACGAGACGCAUUCCCUCUGUAAUGAUAUGAAGUCCAUCAACCAAAUACACAAUCAUCCAAUCAUUCUCUUUCUCAUUCCAUCCUUCCAUAAAUAUUACAUUCCAUAAAUAUUAUUUUUAUAAAGAUUUCUCAGAGCUAGUGAGUUUGUGUAAAGCAAAGAAUUUCAUCCAAAUUAGGACUACUAAUGAAGAACCAUGCAGGUGCUUAUUCAGAACCAGUUUUAUGUGACCUCAUCAUCCAUCUAUCAUAGAUUUCAUACUAGUUUAGUCAAAUAUCUGUAUGACUAAAAUAUAAAGGCAUGUUGCAAAAAAAGUUUUCUGAUCUACAAUCAAUUUGACUUUUUUCUUUCCAAAUAUAUGAGGAAAUUGUGUAACCAUUAAGUUACCACUAUAAUGAAUAUCAAAAUAAUUUUACAAACAAAAUAGUAUUGUAUGGCCCAGUUACCCCUAACUUUUCAAAAUGUAACCUUAAGGACAAUGGCAUUUAUACUUUGUGAAGCAUUAUUGUUAUGCACCAUAAACAUAGAGUAAUAUGUUAAAUAACUUGUCUUGUUUUCUGUUUGCAUUGAAUGAUGUAGUGCAUGUUGCAACAUGAACAACUAAUCUAGAAGAUUUCAAGCUAAUUUACAUAGCAUAACUUUACAUAAACUGGAACACACAUAUGAGCUGUACUUUCAUAUGGCUUCGAGUCUUUUUUAAGCAGACUAAUCUGUUCAACAAAAGCUUGUAUAAUUGGCAAAAAUGAAAAUACGUAUUUUAAAGUGA